AUCGCGGCCGCGACCGGCUCGCGCUCAUUCACUUCAGUUCUCAGCCGACUGCCGCGGCGCACACACGCCACGUUUCUACGCGCCCCCGAUGUUAGUUUACGAUUACGACAUCGCGUCGCAACUCGGAGUUUCGCCGUGACAUUGAACAUAACUAUCUCGAAUAUGGGUUAAACAACCCCAUUGUCGAAAUGAGUCCGGGCGAGCGCGCCGCCCUUGGGCGCCGCGAUGCCCCUCGCCCUCAUUAUGCUGCUGCCGCACCGGGAUUCCCGCCACCUUACUACCCCCCAUACGGUGUACCACCACAUCCCAACGCGUGGCUCGGAGCACCUCUCAUAUCGAUGACGGGGCGCACGCCACCACCGCGCGAGAACACUGUAUCCAAGCUUGCCAUGCACGCCCAGGGAGCUCCACUCAUCAUACAGAACCGGCACGAUCGAAGGAAAUAUACUACUGUUCCCGAGCAACGUAAUCAUCGAUCCGCUGUUCCAUCAGAGAAUAAUGCAAGAGACAGAUGUGACCCUGAAAAUACGAGGCAUAGAAAUCAACAUCAACUUCAACAGCAGCAAACACGCCCUUCUCGAAGCGGACGCAACAACAAUACGGAUGCAGUCAGUGUUGCUAGUGAUGAAAGUUCCGGCUCCACAAAUUCUGAAACUAUGUUGCCAAGAAUUAUAAAACCACGAAAGCGACGUAAAAAGGAUAGAAAACCUAAUAACUUAGUGCCACACGAUUUAACAUCAGCUGCGUUAGAUCUUAGCGAUGUUGACCACUGUACAAAUAUGGGGUCGUCAUUGCACGGCAUUUACGAGAAAUCUUAUUCCCGAGAUAUGGCGUUACAGUAUCCUUUAAAUUUAAAAGUGUUGGAUUACCCCGAUCCAGCUCCGGAGGCAUAUAGAGUGGCUGCGUUGGGCGAGGCUUUUGAGGCUACUCGUUUUGGAUUGGCGGAGGCGGUUUCCCCUUCAGAAUCUGCUGUCAGUACCUGUCAGUGUCGAUACUGCGAUCCCGUCGGGCAAAUUUGGGAUGUAAAUUCAAUUGCGCAUUUAUUGGAUGAAAAUUCAAGUGUUGAUUUCGCACCCACGAAGUUAGAGGAUUCCAUGAAAGUUGUGGGGCCCAUGGGUAGGCGUGGAACGGAUACAAUAUUACGUCGCAGUUGGAGUGACCCUUCAGCGAGGAUUCCGGAAAGAAAGACGAAUAAUAAUGAGGCAUUUUCUGCGCCAAAUCUGUAUUCGUUAUUCCCACCACCGAGAAGAACAACUUCUCCAGAGCCGAGAUCGCCCCUGGCUUUGGAGAUAUCAUCUGAGAUUGUUACUUCAAUUAACGGACACCGUGACUUGGAAAUUAAGUUAUUUUCGACCUCGCCCCCGGCCUCGACCUCCGAACGUCGCUCUUUUUUCGAGGAUAAAAGUGAAAGUGCUGUAAACGAUAGAAGUGCGAACUAUGAGCUUAAAUCAAAAAGUGCAGUGAGCAGUGAAAAAGUUUCAAGUGAAAACAAUGUUAAAAAAAGUGUAAAUCUGGGUUCGGGGUGCGUGAAGGCACUCGGGGCUGGCGAGAACUCGCGCAACAUUUGUGAUUUAGCCUUAGUUUCUGCCUAAUUGUCUUCGUUGACCAGUUUAAUUGUCAGAAUAUUUGGAUGCGUAUGAUUUAUCAGUUCAGAGGGGCUUCACGCUCGCCAUUUGAGCUGGACUCAAAUCACCACAGCGAGGCAAACGCGGAGUAUCUCAACGCUACCCGAUAUUAUCGAGAUCUCCGAAUCGGUUUCCUGUAGAUUGUAUAAUUAAUUUAUUUUUAACAAUAGCUUAGGAGAACUUGAUGGAACUUUGUCUGGAGCAUUUAUAAAUUAUGAUUCGCCGUUUUGUCAAAUUGUGUCGUUCAAUACUGGGUGACAUGAUGUUAGGUGUUGGGUUUUUUUUCUUUUCAACAAAAGGGAUUAUUUAUAGUAGUAGUAGGGCAUUUUGCGAACGUUUUGCAGUUGCCUUAACCAUGCGCAAUUAUAGUUUCACACUACUGACACGGUUGUGCGGAUGCGUGCUCGCUAUUGCGGUUUCCCGUGGUUUUCACUGCGCGCCGUUCCGGGUGGCGCCUCGUGCGCACCGGUUCAUGCCAUUAAUGACUUUUUUAUUCCCUCUCGUGGCUCACUUUUACCUUAACCGUUUAGCUCAGCCGACCCGGUGGUCUGAAACUAGUGGCCUUGAAUAGCAGCAAUUAAAUAGUUAACAUCGAGAGAUAAAAAAAUUAAAUGUUUUAUUACGUACCCAAGUUACCUACUUUCACAGAUUUCAUUAGUCUGAUAUAAAUAUAGUUAGAAGCAGUAUUAUCGUAGCGAUAAUAUAUAGUUAGAAGCAGUAUUAUCGUAGCGUCUGAAAUUCGUUAUUCCUAUUAAUUAUCAUUUAACCAUAUCUGAAAAGCUUCUUCUGUAUGAUCACAUCACAGUACUCUCAUUUAUUAUUAUGUAGGGAAAGGUAUCUGGAAUGUACUUCGUUAUUAUUCAUUAAUUAUUCCGAAAGUCAAUCACUGACAAUGAAAUUUCAGUAAUGCGGUAAUCAAUUAAUUAUUUGUGACACAAUCACCGCCUUAUAUCGAUAUUUUAUUGAUAAUUCAUUAAUCAUCGUUGGUAUCUUUUUUAUUUAAUCGCUAGCAAAAAUGUGUUUUAUUAUUGUUUAAACAUUAUCAUCAACCUUAUCACCGUUAAAGUUUUAAGAAUUAACUAUUCCAAAAUAUUCAAUGCAUUCAGUACUUACUCGGAAGUUAUAAACAUUUUAUUUGAAUAUAAGCCUCGUUGUUAUUAAAAGGCGUUAAGAAUCAUGCAUAUAAAAUUAAGAUAUAAGAUUAUUUCGAAAUUUCGUCUCAUUAAAAAAACGUGAUGAUUUUUUCUUCCUAAUAGUAAAUUAAAUUCAGUGAACUCAUAUACAUUGUUAAGUAUUUUAUAUUUCUAUUUAAAAAAGGCGCACUUCAUUUGAAGAAUGAAGAUUAAUGAUAUUUUGUUAUCAGUGUUUGCUCAACGCGCGCAGUUCAUUCACAUCGUUGAUACCGACGACACGGCUUUAACUUUGAUAAUAUUUAUAGGUAAUAGGUAUCAGUCUUGUCAGUUUAGUUUAUUUAGUUAUGCGUUAGAAAAGCAAGCAUUCUACCGUGGAAUUGUUUUUAUGUUGUUUAGACAAGUUCUUUUUUUAUAAUAUUUAAUUGAGAUGAAAAUGUAAGUUGUCUAUGUAGUGUAAUUUAUCUGAAUCGCCAAUUUGAGAUAUAAAAAUAAAUUUCAAAAUUUGCUUUAAAUUUAAAAGAAUAACCAAUAUCUUAUAGUUACGUUAAUAUUUUUAUAUUAUCGUCUUAUAUAGAUAAAUGUUAGGAUAUAGUUUUUAUCCACUGACCGUGAUUUGUCCGCGUGAGAUUUUGUUUUCCCGGAAUAAAAUCCUAUGUUUCAAUCUUGGAAUAUCUAUUAGCAAAUUUUCAUUUAGAUGUUUAUACGUGCUUAUGUCAUCAUAUCCAGAAAUCAACUAAAAAAAGUUUUUUUAACAAACUUUCACAUUUAUGUUUUGGUGAUGUUGAUGAUAAAAACAAGUAAUUUAUUAUAUUGUUAAUGUAUUAAUGUAUGACAUUGGAAUAAGUUAAUUACCCAUGUCUUGGUUUACCAUCACGUACACGCAAUUAAUUGUUUAUUCUCAUUAACAUACGUACCUAUAGAAGUAAAACAUUAAACUGAAACAUUCUAAAUAUUAUUAAGUACAAUUAAACGUCGGCAAAUCAUCUAAAUUAAAAUGCCAUUAAUGAUUAAUUCUAUACGACUUCUGGUAGGGCUUAAAAAAUGAACGGCGAAUCACUAAUUUCCUCUAUACAAGUAUUGCUUUAUUUUUUUUCGUUUUCGUUUCGAGUUAAGGGUCCAACAGUGGGAACACCAGAUAAAGUUCCAUGUAAUGUAGAUAAAUGUGAAUAUAACUAAGUUAUACACACGAAAUCGUUGAGUUUUACACUACUACAGGCUGUUCAGUUAGUGUACCUAUGCAACUUUUUUUUAUUUUUGUCUUGUGUUAGCUUAUUGCGGAGUUUGCGUGGGAAGACGUGAUAAAUCGGUUCUUGUUUUAUUUUUCUCUAAGAUAGGCUCGACGUAGACGAGGAGUUAUUACGGUGUGUUAUUAAACGAGAAAACAAAAUCAAAUUUUCACAGCACAGGUUACCUCUUCCAAUUGAAAUUGUUUGUUUUUUUUUUUAACAAGAGGUAGAAUCGAAAGCUGCAUGAUAGGUAUAACCGCAGCUUUGAUCUUCAUAUGUUAAUUAAUAUAUUACGUAUCCUAAUUAAAAACUUAAGCGAAUAAUAAAUAAUGAAAUAAGUAGUCUUAAAGUAAUUGUUUAAUUUAUCAUAAUAUUAGCCUACACUCAGAAACUCGGAAGAAAUUUCUAAAUAAUGUUUAUUCAUGACUACCUAUAUUCUUGUCUAUAAAAAUAUAUUCAGUAGAACAACUGAAGAUGGCGUGAAUUAAUUUAGUUUUAUAUUUUAAAAAGCUAUCGUAGAACAGUGUUUACGUGUUGAUUUGAAUUCAAAAGAGUGUAUGACGUAACGUAUUUCAUUUAUCGUUUUUAAAUUAAUAUUGGAAGUUAUUUAACUUUGACGACGUUUGAUUUGCGUUAUUGUUUAAGGACGAAAGAAUAUAUUUAUACGAUUCGUAAAGAAUUUAAUCACAAAACCUUUUUUUAUUUGUCACAAUAUUGUUUAUAACAAAGUUGAUAGGAAUGAUAACAUCAUUUCACUUUGCAUUACUAACCACAAAUGAUUUGAUUGGUGUUUUUCAAAUUUAUUUUUACCAAACUUAAGAUGUUGUCUUCUAGAUAUAACUUUCUUAAUACAUUUUAGAUGCAUAUAAUUAAAUAAUUUCCGUUCGUUUUACGUACUACUGUGUGCACUUAUUAGCAGCUAAAGCUGCUUUUUAAAUUUAAUUUUAUAAUUAACUUUUUGACCAUUUUUUUAAAAAGCAAUCUCAGGAUUUUUUUUCCUUUAAUAUUAUAAAAACUAAGUUCUCACGUCUUUAAUGCGUUUAGCGUACAAGCGGUGCCUUGUUGAUUGCAAUAUACUGUACCAAGUUAUUAUCGCUCUUCAAAUAACAAACCGGUCACAUUAAUGAAGUGCCAGGUCCCCUCUCUGAUGUACAAAAAGUAAAAGGGUGAUAGCGAGUUUUAUUACCCUGAUAAGUAAUCACUAGAGUCGAGAGAGUAGAGUAAAAUAUGUGUUAAUGAAUUUCAGUAACCUGGUCUGCAGAAGAGCGUAAGCUUUUUAAGCGUAGUCUCACUACCGUACACAUUUCUCAUAUAAUGUACGCAUAGCAAUCGCAUACGCAAGUGCCAUCUAUGGGCCUACUUGGAUAAUGAUAUUUUUGACUUUUUUUUUACUUAUGUGUAUGUAAUUUUAUUCAUCAAAAUUACAUUUUUAAAUUAAACAAUAAACAGUAAAAUUAAAUACAGAACCCUAAAUAAAUCAGUCUUCACUUUAGAUUCGGUAUUUCAUCUAAAUUAAAACUCACACUGGACCUGGCGUCACUAAUUGAUCGACGCCUAUUUAUGUUGAACGCGAACGUUUGAUGAUAAUCGUUUUAAGUGAAAUCCGCUAUUUUUUUAAAUUUGUCUGCAUCGAGCCUACUGCUUGUCUUAGGAACAAUCAAUGUAAACAGCUGUAAAACUCAACGAUACUGUAAACAAAAAAAUAGGCUAUGUCUUAGAGCUCCCGCAAACAUAUUUACGACCGGCUGAUAGAUUAGUCGGCUGUUUAUUAUAGAUACAAACUAAGAAUAAUAAUUUUACUGAAGGUACGAUAAAAAGGUACGCAAUAGUGAGACUAAUUUUAAAGUUUCAGGUCUCCUAAACUAUCGAUUGACUGAGCUUUGUAUAUGCAAGCGCGCAGUCUCGCCGAUUCGGUGACCUUGAGUUCGCACUGCUCCCGUAUUCAGUAACUUUUCUGUCAAGAUGCCAGCCAUUCGGGUACAUACAGAGUGCAUAAUUUGACAGCGCUAUUUGUAUCACCAUGAAUUCAGCUUGGAGUGAACGGCCGCUAACAGUUAAACAAGAGGAACUGAAAUCGGGCGCUGAUCUACUUAAAAUGUCUAUCGGCUGAGCGGCUGAGUUGAUACCUUUUUAUUACACAAAAAUCAUCGAGGGACGUGAGAGUUACUCGAGCCAAGGGUAGAUGUAGCCAAGAAGUCAAAUCGGCGCAUAAAUGCCCGGGUCAAAGAUCGAUCCGACUACACUAUCGGUCGAUCGUCUUCAAUUUGCGGGAGCCCUUAACUUACUGAGUGAAUGCAUUUUAUACAUAAAAUUAUAUAUAGGUUUAUUCAUUUGUUUUGUGUACGUCGUGACGCACGAGUUACACGCUUGCACACUAUUUUUGUACAAUAAAAAAAAAAACCAUCAUGCCCUGAUAUA